AUGGAUCUGGCCUCCUUUGUCGACCGGCUGCGGAACGGCUCAGCCGCCAAGUUCCCCGCUGACGCAAACACCUUGGCCUUUGCUCAAAAGCUCGACUCACAAGACCAGCUCAAGCACCUGCGGGAUGAGUUUGUGCUGCCCACCAAAGGCUCCCUAAAGAAGAGAGCCUUGGAUGGUUCUCUCCCAGGACAAUCAGCCAGCAAUGGCAUCAACGGCGCAGGGGGACAGCCAGCAGAUGCCGACAAGCCGUGCCUCUACUUUGUCGGCAACUCUCUCGGCGCUCAGCCGCGGGCCGUCCGGGAGUACCUGGAUGCUCAGCUGGAGACGUGGGCUUCGAUUGGCGUCAACGGCCACUUCACCGACAUGGACAACUCGCCCCUGACGCAGUGGCAGGACAUGGCCGAGGACUGCGCCAAGAAGUCGUCCGACCUCGUCGGGGCCUCGCCGCACGAAAUCGUCAUCAUGAACACGCUCACCAUCAAUCUCCACGUCAUGAUGGCGAGCUUCUACAAGCCCACCGCCAAGCGGCACAAGGUGAUUCUGGAAUGGAAGCCCUUCCCGAGCGACCACUACGCCAUCGAGAGCCAGGUCAUCUGGCACGGGCACGACCCCGACAAGAGCAUGGUCAAGAUCGAGCCCGACGACAACAGCCUGAUCCCCACGGACAAGAUCCUCCGGACCAUCGACGAGCACGCCGAGGAAACCGCGCUGCUCCUGCUGCCCGGUAUCCAGUACUACUCGGGCCAGCUGUUCGACAUGGCCAGCAUCACGGCCUACGCCAGGGCGCGCGGCAUCGUCGUCGGCUGGGACCUGGCCCACGCCGCCGGCAACGUCGAGCUCCGGCUGCACGACUGGGACGUCGACUUUGCCUGCUGGUGCACGUACAAGUACAUCAACGCCGGGCCGGGCUCCAUCGCCGGCGCGUACGUGCACGAGCGGCACGGCCGUGUCGACUGGGCCGCCGGCGGCGACGCAGUGGGAGGAGGCAGGCCCUCGUACCGGCCUCGCCUGGCGGGCUGGUACGGCGGCGACAAGAGCGUCCGCUUCAACAUGGACAGCACGUUUGUGCCGACGCCCGGCGCCGCGGGCUACCAGCUCUCCAACCCGUCGGCCAUUGACCUGGCGGCGCUGUCGGGCGCCCUGUCCGUCUUCAACAAGACGCGCAUGCGGGACCUGCGCUCCAAGGCCCUCGUCCUGACGGCCUACGCCGAGCUGCUGCUGGACCAGAUGCUCGACGAGGCCGGGGGAGACGAUCCCGGCGCCGCGCCCCUGUUCACCGUCCUGACGCCCCGGGAUCCUCUGCAGCGCGGCACCCAGCUCAGCGUGCUGUUGAGGGAGGGCCUGUUGGACAGGGUCUCGCGGGCGCUGGAGGACAAUGGCGCCAUCUGCGACAAGCGCAAGCCCAAUGUCAUUCGGGUUGCGCCUGUUCCCUUGUAUACGCGGUUUGAGGACGUGUGGGCUUACAUGCAGAUUUUGCGAGGGGCGCUGGGGUUGUAA